UAUAUAAAUUGUACUCGAACCAAUACGAUUGCCAUCUCUUGCUACGACUUCCAUUCUUGCCUCUGAACUUCCACCUAUCAUGCCUACUGCAGUUUCUGCACCCCGCACUCUCUACGACAAAAUCUGGGAUGACCACGUCGUCGAUGUACAAGGCGAUGGAUUGGCCCUCAUAUACAUAGAUCGCCAUCUAGUACAUGAAGUAACAAGCCCUCAAGCGUUUGAAGGCCUGCGGACUGCAGGGCGACCUGUUCGACGACCUGACUGUACGUUGGCAACCGUUGACCAUAACAUUCCAACAAUUUCUCGAAAAAAUUUGACUACUAUCGAGUCUUUCGUUGAAGAACCUGAUUCUCGAGCUCAAUGUAUGGCCUUGGAAGACAACGUAAAGGAGUUUGGUUUGACCUACUUUGGUAUGAAGGACAAGCGUCAAGGUAUCGUACACGUUAUAGGUCCUGAACAAGGAUUCACCCUUCCUGGUAUCACUUGCGUUUGCGGUGAUUCUCACACUUCGACCCAUGGUGCAUUCGGGUCCCUCGCGUUCGGUAUCGGUACAUCCGAAGUUGAACAUGUCCUCGCUACCCAAACCCUGCUACAGAAGAAGGGCAAAAACAUGCGCAUCACAGUCGACGGUGACUUGCAUGAAGGAGUAACGUCUAAAGACGUUAUCUUGCAUAUCAUUGGCGUCAUAGGAACGGCAGGCGGAACCGGGAGUGUCAUCGAAUACGCCGGCUCCGUGUUCCGUGGUUUCAGCAUGGAGGCACGUAUGAGCGUGUGUAACAUGAGUAUUGAAGCCGGUGCGCGUGCUGGAAUGGUGGCGCCAGACGAAGUCACGUUCAACUACCUCCGUGGACGUCCUCUUGCUCCCAAGGGUGAAGAAUGGGAUCGCGCCGAAGCAUACUGGCGUACACUGAAGUCCGACGAAGGUGCCAAGUUCGAUAUCGAGGUCAAAAUCAACGCCGCAGACAUCAUUCCCACCAUUACAUGGGGAACAUCCCCUCAAGACUAUCCUGUCAAGCGCGCAUCUGCAGAGCGAUCUUUGGCGUAUAUGGGUUUGACGCCUAACACACCUAUGGAGGACAUCAAGGUUGACAAAGUCUUCAUCGGCUCAUGCACGAACAGUCGUAUUGAGGACAUGCGCUCAGCAGCCAGGGUUGCUCCGUGGGUGCACGCGAUGAUCGUCCCGGGGUCAGGUUUGAUCAAGAAACACGCCGAAGCGGAGGGCUUGGACGCGGUUUUCAAACGUGCGGGCUUCGAUUGGCGUGAGGCAGGGUGUUCCAUGUGCUUGGGCAUGAACCCAGACCAGCUUGCUCCUGGUGAACGUUGUGCGAGUACCAGCAACCGGAACUUUGAAGGUCGCCAAGGUUCUGGUGGACGAACGCACCUAGUAACAGCUAUCACUGGAAAAUUGACAGACGUUCCUGCGGGUCCCAAGCUGAAGCUGGCCCAGGCGUCUGAGUUCAUGGAUGACGCGGUUUUGCCAUCCCCAGCUCCUCAGGUUCCUUCAGUCACUCCUUCAACGGGAUCUGACCUUCCUCCCGCCGAGGCACCUUCCACCGUUCAAAAAUUCACUGUCGUCAAGGGUAUCGCGGCACCCCUGCACAUCGAAAACGUCGACACCGACAUGAUCAUUCCAAAACAAUUCCUGAAGACCCUGAAACGGACGGGUCUUGCGAAUGCGCUGUUCUUUACCCUGCGGAAAGACCCACACACUGGUAAAGAUAAGGAUUUCAUACUAAACCGCGAGCCCUAUACCCGCUCCAAGAUUCUAGUCUGCACCGGGAAGAACUUUGGCUGCGGAAGCUCCCGCGAACACGCUCCGUGGAGUCUAAAUGACUUUGGCAUCCGAUGCAUCAUAGCGCCCAGUUUUGCCGAUAUCUUCCGUAAUAACUCUAUGCAAAAUGGCAUGUUACCUGUGGCGAUACCGCAGGAGGACUGUCGGGCGCUUGCGGAAGAUGCGGAAGCUGGAUUGGAGCUCGAGGCUGCGAUACCCUUCAAGACGGAUCCGUUCAGGAGACAUUGCUUGUUGAACGGACUUGACGACAUCGCGUUGACGUUGCAGAAGGGCUCGGAUAUUGAGGAGUUUGAGCAGAGAAGAAGCGCUAUUCCUGUUGCUGCUGCGAAGAACCCGAAAAGAAUGGACUGGUAAUGUAGUUUUAGAAUGUAAAACAAAGCUGUAUUUCUUGCUUUUCUCCAGGCCUACAUCGCGUUGUGAUUGAGAUUUGUAACGACUUGGAGCGACA